AUUUACUAUAUUAUAUUAGUAAGCUGGCCAUUAACAAAGCAGGAAUAUCAAGGAAGAAAUCCAUACGUAUCGUCAUCACCAUCUUAUUUGUCACAUCUGUAUGCAAGUAGGUCGUUGUCAUUUACGCUGGAUGACAACAAAGAAACUGUGAUUACUCAUUUUAAAAUAGAUAAGGAAGUUCAGACAGAAGAAAAUAGCAAUUUAAACAAAAUUGAAAAUAUGAACAAUCAACUAUCAGAGCCUCGCACUUUGGACGAAUGCUUGAGAUUAUUAGAUCUGAAGGCUGAUAUUCAGAAUUUCACAGAUGAAGAAUUAUUAAUUUUACUGAAAAAUAAAAAGUUGUCCCUUCACAAACUGGAGAACGAUCUUGGAAAUUGUGAACGUGCCGUCGUCGUUCGGAGAAAAUUUAUUUCUAAAUUAGUAAAUUGUGAAGAUGCAUUAAAUGAGCUUCCUUUUACAAAUUAUAAUUAUGAAAUGGUAAUGGGUGUCUGCUGUGAAAAUGUAAUUGGAUAUAUGCCACUUCCAGUGGGAAUUGCAGGACCUUUGUUGCUAGAUGGAAAGAAUUAUUACAUUCCAAUGGCAACGACAGAAGGUUGCUUGGUUGCCAGCACUAACAGGGGAUGUCGUGCAAUUAGUCUUUCAGGUGGUGUAAAAAGUAAUGUUACUGGAGACGGCAUGACAAGAGGUCCCGUCGUGAGAUUACCUUCCGUUCAACAAGCCGUGUAUGUUGUUUUUAAAAUUAUUUAGUCUUAUAAAAAUUGU